CUCUGUCUGAUCUCCCCCGCCCUAGCACUCCCUCUGGCUACGUUCACACAACCACAGAGCUCAGGCACCAGAAGAAGAGGUCCAGAACUGGAAGUAGGAACGCGUGCGAUAUAGAGCGUAGGGUUCGUUGUGUUGUUGCUUUCCUCUUCGAGCGCAUACGAACAUCAUGGGCACCGCAGAGCAGAACACCGACAAUGCCCCCAUUGCCUUCGUGCUGGUCAUCUGCGCCGGGCUGUCGACGGCCAUCGGAGCGGCGGUCGUCUUCAACCAGAAGCUGGUCAAGCUAGCCAGCAAGCGGUUUCUGGCGGGAUCGCUCGGCUUGGCAGCCGGUGUAAUGCUCUACGUAUCGCUGGUGGAGAUCUUCGUCAAGUCGCAAGACUCCUUCGCCAAUCACGGCUUUUCUGAGGCUGACUCGUACCUCUACGCUACGCUGAGCCUGUUCGGGGGCGUCCUCCUGUACAAGGGCAUUGACCUGGUGGUGCACCUGCUUGAGGGGGGCCCCGUGCGUGACCACCACGUGGACAUCUCCCUCUACGACCUGGACGGCUCCUCCGGCUCCUCGGAGAGCAGCCCUCGCACCGCCCCCGCGGCCACCGCUGACAAGAAAAAGAGGAAGAAAUCGGCCCCGCAGCUGGGCGGCGCUAACAGCGGCAACAACCCGAACGACGGCAGGGAGCCGUUCCCGGCGGACCACAACGUCGUCGUCGAGCUCGCGUCCCGGGGCUCGGCCGUGCGCCCCUCCCCCGACCUCAACACGCUCCAGCUCAGCAUGGCGGGCAAGGUCCAGGCGCAGCAGCCCUCCCCGGUGUCGGAGCUGACGCCCUCGGGAGGCGGCAACAGCAACAACAAGACCGGCGUGGUGGGCUUCAUGGAGGAAGGUUCCGGGGUCGAUCAGAUGGAAGAGGCUCCCUCGGCGGCGGCGGCGGCCGCGGCCGCGGCCCCGUCGGGGACUGUGCAGAGCGAGCGCGGAACGCCGGCCGUAGCGGACGGCGACAACGAGAAGCUGGUGCGCAUGGGCCUGCUCACCGCGGUUGCGAUCGGCAUCCACAACUUCCCGGAAGGGCUCGCGACAUUCGUGGCGGCGCUGUCGGACCCUUCGGUGGGACUCGCGCUCGCGGUGGCCAUCGGCAUCCACAACAUCCCGGAGGGCCUGUGCGUGGCGAUCCCGGUCUACUACGCGACCGGCAACCGCUGGAAGGCCUUCGGGUGGGCGCUGCUGUCCGGGGUGAGCGAGCCCAUCGGGGCCGGCCUGGGCUGGCUUAUCCUGAAGGACAUCAUGAGCGAGCUGGUGUACGGGCUGCUGUUCGGCGUGGUUGCCGGCAUGAUGGUGAACAUCACGAUCCACGAGCUGAUCCCGACGGCAGUGCGGUACGACCCCACCGACAAGGUCACCACGAACUCGAUCAUCGCCGGCAUGGCCAUCAUGGCCCUGAGCCUCACCCUCUUCUUGUACUAAGGGAAAUACAACGGGGGAGGGGAUCGGGAGAGAGAGGCAGAGAGAGAGAGAGAGAGAGAGAGAGAGAGAGAGAGAGAGAGAGAGACGAGGAGGGUGGGGAGGAAAGACGCUGCAGGAGGGAAAGUGUAGAACAGGCGGCGGCGAGCAAGUGGUUGGUGUCCUGCCGGUUUUAGACGCUGCUGUGGGUGUUUUUUACCCCUACACUGCGUGUGCUACUCCACCGCCGUUCAAACAGCUUUUUCUCUGGGUGGCGAUGGACGUGGGGGAAGACAGAGCGAUCGAUGCGCGUCGGUUGGGACGAAUCAGCCUUGAGCAUCGAUUCGAUUUUGCCAACCGUAAUAGAGUUUUUUUUUUUUUAACACUUGGUGGGUGAGUGUUUGCCUGGGGAACGAUGGUGUGUCAACAGCGCUCGUUCAGAAGAAAAAUGUUUUGCGGUGGUGGGGGGUCUUUUUUGUUCGAGCGGAAGUGUUUUGAUGGUCGUUUGGACGUUUGUCGUGGGGAAGUGCGGGUUUGGCAUGUAGCGCAUUUGUGUGUGGUAGCGACUUUUCCGUAAACUGUCCUUCAUUGAUAUCAUCACUGCAGGGUCCUCGUUGUCAGCCAUGAUGAUUCGCAGCGGCGCGUGGGUGUCAGGUUUUUUUUGUUUUCAUGUAUGCAUAUGUUUUGGUGGAAUAAUGUAUGCUUGUUAGAUGCAGUGUGUUUGACCGUUUCUCGCUUGGACUUGGAUCAGUUCCCCUCCACGCCCAAUAGACCGGAAGGCGCUUUUCUUCGCCUAUGGCCGCCGUCGAAGGAAAGCUGGUCCGCCUCGCAGCGCGCAGUUGUAUGACACAUCUACAAGAAGGUCUGUUGUAAGUUGCAUUCGUAUAGUAUUGAGCAAACCCGUGGCAGUAGCGUAUUGCUCUGUUAUACCACGGGAGAAACGUGCAUGUGUCUUAAUCCCGGUGUGGUGCUUUCUAGCCGUUUCAUUCUCCCUAGAGUCAAUAGCCAGGUUUAGCUCGGACCCAGGCGUCCAGUGGGGUAGGAUUGAAAACGGGCACAGUUUUGACAGAAGACGUGCGUAGGGAGGAGUUUUUUGUCAACAUAUGCAUUCCAGCAGCUGUUUUGCGGAAACCGUUCUCUUACUCGACGAGAAUUGGCGUCGUCGUUUCCGUGAUGCGCCGGAGCCACGGUUUAGCGUUGUGGUUGGAAAUAAGGAUAGCCUUUGGUGCCAUGCCAACUACUUGACGGCAGCAAUCAAAAUACCAUCCAACAAUU